AUGGACAGAGCAAUCAGAUGCGAUCGCCCCCUACAAUACGUAGUACCAUCGGAGUCAAAGCCAAUCAACGACACGUACCUCCACCGCUUCCUCGUUCUCGCCUUAAUCAAGCUUCUCAAGCAUUUCCGUCCGCGCAAUGGCGGUAUUAUUUUCCUCACUAAUAAUAUUUGUGUUAAAUACGGUCCUCUAACGAGCCUUUCGGAAGCGUCUACCAUGCAGUUCAUUCGUCAGCAUACAUCUAUUCCGGUGCCGAGAAUUAUCUGCUCUUUCACGCACAAAGGCCGGGCAUAUAUCGUUAUGGAGAGGAUCCAUGGAGAUAUGAUAGGGCGUGGAUGGACAUCUCGAGCAGAUGAGUCUAAGGCAAAGAUACUAUCUCAACUUAAAGAUAUGGUCGCAGACAUGCGCAAGAUAGCUCCUCCAAACUUGGCGGUUAGUAAUGUUGAUGGUGGAAUACUAUACGAUAGUAGAAUCUACGGUCCGAUGCGGUUUGGACCUUUCAAAAAUAUUCGGGAUUUUCACAAACACCUGCGAGGAGGACUGGAAACCCAUGUGGACAACCCUGACGAUGUUAGCUCGCUCAUAGCAUGGCAGGAUAGGCCCUUUCCUGCACCUGUCUUUACACACGGUGACCUGAGCAGCUUGAACAUUCUCGCACGCGGAGAUGAGGUGGUUGGAAUCAUUGAUUGGGAGACCGCCGGCUUGUAUCCGGUCUACUGGGAGUAUACUACAGCAUCGCAUGUCAAUCCGCAAAACUUAUUUUGGAAAGAAGAGGUCGAUAGGUUUCUAGAACCGAUGCCUAAAGAAUUAGCUAUGGAGGAAAUUCGCCAAAAAUACUUUGGGGAUGUAUAA